AUGCACUUCAGUGGUGUUGCUUUCUUUGCCUUUGUGGCUUCGGCUAUGAUGGUCAGCGCUGCUCCUCUGGGUGAGCGCCAAUACGUUGGCCCGAACUGGAACAUUGGCCAAAUCAUCACUCACAAGGACAAUACCGAGGUGGCCCAGGAGAAGCGCCAAUACGUUGGCCCGAACUGGAACAUUGGCCAGAUCAUUACUCACAAGGACGAUACCGAUGUGGCCCAGGAGAAGCGCCAAUACGUUGGCCCGAACUGGAACAUUGGCCAGAUCAUUACUCACAAGGACAAUACCGAAGAGGGCCUUGAGAAGCGCAGUGGCAUUAUCGUCAAGCGCCAGGAUAAGCCAGCCCCUGUGAAGAAGGAGGCGGAAGAGGAAGAGAAGGACAGCAAUGGCAAGUGGAUUAAUUGGAACAUUGGUAUGAUUAUUUAG